AUGAUAUUUGGUCUCGUUUACUACAAUAAUGUUGGUGCCGACAUUGUUGAGUCAUAUAAUGUCACCUACCGGGACUUAUCGUUUAAUUAUGAGCGACUAGAAUAUCUAGGGCAGGGACCUUACGUGGCGAUAACUAUAGCGACUAUAAUAAUGAUGUCGUAUUUUGUGGUGGUCACUUUUAGCGAGUGGCCCAAGCAAUGCAUCAUGGUCGCAGUGGUAUUUGCAAUUUAUUUGACCACUGAAUUACUGAUGGGUGACACGAGGUUUCGCUCAGUGGGCGGUGUAUUAGUGCCGUUCACUUUGGCCACGAUCUACGCCUAUCUCGUUGUUCGGCACCCGAAGCCUAUUGUCCUACCAGUGGAACCCACACCGGAAACGACCGCGUGUUUGGAUAAUGAAUACAGCGCUGUGUAUGUUAAAUGA